GGCAUUGCUUACGCUGGCUGGCGCACCACUGUUCGAGCUUCUAACGUCAUUGGCAUCCCCUACUCAGCGAGACCAACUAAUUGAUGAAUCGGUUGCGAACUAUAUGGCUGCACUUAGGACUCUCGCUGUCGACUGCAAAUUCGGAGCUGCUUUGGAUCGCAUGUUGCGCAAUCGCUUCGUAUGUGGAAUGAAGGAUGAGGAUCUUCAGAAAAGUCUUCUAGCAGAGGCAGAUUUAACGAUUCAACGCGCGAUGGAACGCGCCACAUCUAGUAAGGCCGCUGCUCACAGCGCUCGGGCCAUGCGAAAUUCAGCUGAGAGCACUGAGUCGAUACACGAAGUGCAGACCAACGCGAUCCGUCCAAGCCGACCCAAUCAGCACCACCAGCCAUGCGAUGGUUGCGGCGGUGCUCACUUGCGGAAACUGUGCCCACAUCGGAACACUGUGUGCCAUGCCUGUCACCGAGCAGGCCAUCUUCAACGAGUCUGCCGGGCUGUAAGAGACCCGGGUCGUAAAGCAUUCAACACAUCGAGUGGCCAUGCCUCCUACCGAGGACCACACAAGCAAAAGCCGAAUGAAGAAAACAAUGUCCACAGCAUACUACCGUUGAUUUGCCCAAAGGAAAUCGUUACAAUAAUUAUAAAUAAACGAAAAUCCAAUUCGAAGUGGAUUCGGGGUCUGCGAUCACUAUGA